AUGGCACCCGCCCUUUUGAACUAUUUCGGCCUUGGUGGCCCGCAAGUCCCGGUGAAAGAAGAAAAGACCUCCGUGCGAGCUCUGCCAGCACCAUGGUACACCUCAGAAGAGGUUUACCAGCUCGAGAGAAGAUCGAUUUUCUCGAGAAAAUGGCUCCUGACCACACACAGAAACCGUCUCAGAGAAAAUGGAGACUGGCUCCGCUAUGAAAUAGCUGGGUUUGACAUCGUGGUUUCCCGCGAUCGCACUGGCAAGAUCAGCGCAUUCCACAACGUUUGCAGACAUCGAGCAUAUCCAGUCGUAGAGACAGAGAAGGGCAACUCGAAGAUUUUGGCGUGCCGUUAUCAUGGCUGGUCUUAUGGGCUUGACGGCAAAAUGGCCAAAGCCCCCGGUUAUCAAGACCUCCCCGGAUUUGACAAGACUCAAAAUAGCCUGUUCCCCAUCCAUGUCCAUAUCGACGUGAAUGGAUUUAUCUGGGUCAACAUGGAUGCAAAAGCCAAACCAGAAGUCUCGUGGGAAGAGGAUUUAGAAGGGGCGGACACGCAGGAGAGACUUAAACAAUUCCAUUUUGAUGAUUAUGAAUUUGACCAUCACUGGGAGAUCGCCACAAACUACAACUGGAAGCUUGCGGCGGACAAUUAUAACGAAUGCUAUCAUUGCAAAACAACACAUCCCGAUAUCCCAAAGGUUGCAGAUCUCAGUUCGUACAGUGUGACCUGCCAGAGAGGAUGGAUUCAACAUAACGGAAAUACGACGGAAGAACAGAAAGCAAAAGGCUUGACAGUGUGCGCAACUUACUACUGGCCAAAUGCUUCUUUGAACGUUUCCCCGCAUUUCUUUUUCACACAGAGAUUCGUCCCGCGUGGACCUCGAAACUCUCUAAUUCGCUAUGAAGUUUUCCGUAACAAGAAUUCUUCCGACGAGGACUUCACUUUGAUCAAUGAUAUUUAUAAACGAAUCAUGACUGAGGACAAGUUUCUCUGCGAUCUUGCCCAGAAGAACAUCGACACCGGUGUCUUCGUCAACGGCGAGAUGCACCCGGUCAUGGAGAGAGGUCCACUCUUCUUCCAGAAACUCGUCCGUGAAAACGUGACGGAUCAUUUCAAGAAAGAACAGUCAUCAAAGCAGGAAAUUUGGCCUGCGAGACAGAUACUGCCUGGCACGGCGGCAGUGACCCAGAAAGAUUUGGAAUUGUGCUCUGGUCUAGCUUGCGGGACCAAGCAGGAAGAAAUCGUUUGGUGA